CUGAACCAGUCGUUGAGACACGAAGCAGAAAUGGAGCAGAAAGGAGUUCAGCUGGAUCAGGAAACACUUUCCUGUUGGAUCUGUUUGGAUCUACUGAAGGAUCCGGGGACUAUUCCCUGUGGACACAGCUACUGUAUGAGCUGUAUUCAAACCCACUGGGAUGGAGAGGACGGGAAGAACCUCCACAGCUGCCCUCAGUGCAGACACACCUUCAUACCCAGGCCUGUCCUGGUCAAAAACACCAUGUUGGCAGAUUUAGUGGAACAGCUGAAGAAGACUGGACUUGGAGCUGCUGCUGCUGAUCGCUGCUACGCUGGAGCUGAAGAUGUGGUCUGUGAUGUGUGCACUGGGAGGAAACUGAAAGCUGUCAAGUCCUGUAUGGUGUGUUUGGUCUCCUACUGCCACAAACACCUUCAGCCUCAUCAUGAAUCUGCCGCCUUUAAGAAACACAAGCUGGUGGAUCCAGAACCUCAGACCAGAGCAGGAUUCUUACAAUAUUCACAUCAAAUCACACUGGAUCCAAACACAGUGAAUGAAUAUCUGUCACUGUCUGAGGAGAAUAGAAGAGUAACAGUUAUGGGUCAAACACAGAACUAUCCUGAUCAUCCAGACAGAUUCAGUGACUGGCCUCAAGUCCUGAGCAGAGAGAGUCUGACUGGUCGAUGUUACUGGGAGGUGGAGAGGAGGGGGGUCCUUGAGAAGAAGCAUGGACGUGGAUUUGGAGACGACCGCAGAAGCGGAGAUCAUGAACCGACUCAGACGGAGGCGGAGCUCAUGCACGGAAACCUGUUCAUCUGA